AUGAGGUGGCGGUGGCUCUCUGAAGAUGAAAUAAGGUUCUUCCCACCUAGCCACCGUUCUAGUGGUGCUUCUAGCGUCAUCGGAGAGCGUGUGGAGUUUUCAGAGGCCCCAACAUCACAAGCCCAGCCCACAGUCCACCGAUCUGCGUCUCCCUUCCUCCUCCUCGCCGGCCGGGCCGCGGCCGCUCCAAGCACGUCCGCGGCGGCGCAGGCGUCAGCCUCCCUCCCACCCUCCGCAUCCGGCUCCCCGCCCCCCACCACCGCUGGAGAUGGUGUCGGCAAGAAGAAGCUCUCGGAGCUCCUCCGUCGGAUGCGUGCUGUACGUCUACGGGAGGCCGGAGUGGACGUACGAUUCUGUCCGUCCGUCGACGGGAUGCAUCUGUCAACACAAGGAUUCAGGAGGGCCAGGAAGCAGAAUUCUGCCGCGUAGCCUGGCAGUGAUGCACGUUUGUGGCUUUGGUAGCUGAGUAACUCAUGUGGUGUGUGAACUUUCUGGCCCUGCUUGCUUGACGCGAGGUUUUACAGACAUAUAGUGAGGUGCGGGAUGGAUGCCACAUCUCUGGAUUAUGCAGAUGUAAUAUACAGUUAAAAAGCAGUUUCAUCAUCUGUAUGAGAGGCAUUUCUCCUCGUAUGUAAGAUGGUUAAGCAGCAGCAGCAGGUAUCAGUCA